GAUAAAGAAAACAGUGACACAUAAAUUCUUAAAAAGACAAAAGUAUGAAUAUUGAGAAAGGAAUUUCCGCCAUUGAUCUUAAUCAACCAUCACAGCCUGAAUUCCAUGAUGAAUAUAAUUUUGAGGUUGAGCCAACAUCAGUGGAGAGAAGAAACAUAAGCCUGAGUGGUUUGACAAUUAAAUCCGAAAAUAUAGAAAAUGGUGUAAGAUUUUCAGCUUCAUUACCAUCCUAUUUGUCUUCAAUAUUGGAUUCUGAUCUUGGUGGGACUGCAAAAGAUGAGCUACCAUCAAUGAUUCUCAUGAGAUGUACUACUUGUCUCAUGUAUCUCAUGGUUGUCAAAGCUGACUCUAAAUGUCCAAAGUGCAAAAAUCAAAUGAUGGAUGCUGCUAAAUUUUGAG